UGGGUCUUGUAGGACACCUAGUCGUGCCUUUCAUCUAGCGCAUUCGGUGCCCAACCCCGCAUCUAUGAGCUCACCCAGUCUAACAUCAACGUCCACUAGACUCUCCAGACCGUAUACCACAAUACUAGCGACAUUCUAUAAGCACCUUCGACCAUCAUCUCUCCAUGGCGCCCAUCUACCCAGCAUUCGAUGCCAACAAGACUGGCCAACUCCAGGUCUCCCCGGUUCACUCUAUCUACUGGGAAGAGUGCGGUCUCUCAUCAGGCGUGCCAAUCGUCUACCUCCACGGCGGUCCCGGCGGCGGAAUUGAGCCAUCCGACAGACAAUACUUCGACCCCUCCCACUACCGUAGCAUCCUCUUCGACCAGCGUGGCUCGGGCCAAUCAACCCCUCACGCCUCACUGGAGGACAAUACAACUUGGCACCUCGUGUCGGAUAUCGAGAAACUGAGAGAACACCUCGGCAUCGAGAAGUGGAUUGUCUUCGGCGGGUCGUGGGGCUCGACGCUUGCCCUCGCUUACUCGGAGAAGCACCCGGAUAGGUGUCUGGGCCUGAUCCUCAGGGGCAUUUUCACCCUACAACGGGAGGAGCUCGAAUGGUUCUACCAAAAGGGCGCAAACUUCUUGUUCCCCGAUUACUUUGAUGCUUACCAGGCGGUUAUCCCUGAGGAGGAGAGGGGGGAUAUGAUGCAGGCUUAUUAUAAGAGACUUACCGGGGACAAUGAGGAGGAGAAGCUGAAGUGUGCUGGUGCGUGGAGCAGAUGGGAGACUGCGACUAGCAAGCUGCUUGUGGACGCGGACUACAUCGCCAAGUCGGACAAUCCGAAGUGGGCCCUCGCGUUCGCACGAAUUGAAUGCCACUACUUCGUCAACGGCGGAUGGAUGCCCGAUGGACAGUUAUUGAACGAAGCCCACAAGAUCAAGCAUCUGCCCAUCGUCAUUAUCCAGGGUCGGUACGAUGUGGUAUGCCCAGCCAAGACGAGCUGGGAGCUAUACAAGGCCAUGGGUGGCGAGGCUAACACCAAUGUCGAGUACAAGAUUAUUGGGGACGUUGGUCACAGCGCGCACGAGAAGGCUAUUGAGGAGGCGCUGGUGGAUGCUGCUGAGAAGUUCAAGUCGAUCAAGCAGUGAUUAUGUGAACGUCCCAACUCACACUGCUAGAAUAUAGCAAAGUGAUGCGCGACCGUUUGCUUACCUGGUAAUGCAUCACUGUCAGUCAGGGUUUGAUAUAUAUCAUGCAAACAUAACUAAACAAGUUCGGAAGAAAAACAUAAGAUUUUUCUGUAUAAUAAAUACUCUGCUCUCCACAUAACUAACUAGAAACUCACUGAAACCGUCGGUAAACUCAAAACAAAGAAGGUUUGAUGACC